CGUUUCAUCUCCCGCCGCCAUGGCCAUCCCGCUUCAGUUGAAGAGAAAGGAGAGCGACGCCGGCAUGGACGAGGAGGAGGCGGCCGCUGGCGGCGACGACAACCCGUCGGCGGCUGAGGAGCUGCGGGAUCUCUGGCGGAUGGCGGCGCCGAUCACGGCGCUCAACUGCGUGGUGUACCUGCGCGCCAUGGUGUCGGUACUCUGCCUGGGCCGCCUCGGCCCGCUCGACCUCGCCGGCGGCGCGCUCGCCAUCGGGCUCACCAACAUCACGGGCCACAGCGUGCUCUUCGGCCUCGCCUCCGGGCUGGAGCCGCUCUGCGCGCAGGCCUACGGGUCCCGCAACUACGACCUGCUCACGCUCUCCCUCCAGCGCGCCGUGCUCCUCCUCGCCAUCGCCUCCCUGCCCAUCGCGCUCCUCUGGCUGCGCGUCGGCCCCAUCCUGGUGGCGCUCGGCCAGGACCCAGCCAUCUCCGCCUCGGCCGCCGCCUACGCCGCGUGGGCGCUCCCGGACCUCGCUGCCGGCACCGUGCUCCAGCCGCUCCGCGUGUACCUCCGCUCCCAGGGUAUCACCAAGCCCAUGGCCGCCUGCUCCGCCAUCGCCGUGGCGAUCCACGUCCCGCUCAACAUCCUGCUCGUCUUCGGCAUGGGGUACGGCGUGCGGGGAGUCGCCGCGGCGCAGGCGCUCACCAACACCAACAUGGUGCUCUUCCUGCUGGCCUACGUGCGGUGGGCGCGCGCCUGCGAGGACACCUGGAGGGGCUUCGCGCGCCCGGCCGCCGUCGCCAGCGGGCUGGCCGGCCUGGUCCGCCUCGCCGUGCCCAGCUGCAUCGGGGUCUGCCUCGAGUGGUGGUGGUACGAGGUGGUCACCGUGCUGGCCGGGUACCUCCCCAACCCAACGGCCGCCGUGGGAGCCGCCGGCGUGCUCAUCCAGACCACCAGCCUCAUGUACACCGUGCCCAUGGCGCUCGCCGCCUGCGUCUCCACCCGGGUGGGCAACGAGCUGGGCGCCGGGAAGCCGCGGCGGGCGCGGAUGGCGGCGACGGUGGCGCUGUGGUGCGCGGCGGGCGUGGGGCUGGUGCACGUGGCGUGGACGGUGGCGUUCAGCGCGCAGUGGGUGGCGCUCUUCACGCGCGACCCCUCCGUGCUCGCGCUGGCGUCGGCGGCCAUGCCGGUGCUGGGCCUGUGCGAGCUGGGCAACUGCCCGCAGACCACGGGAUGCGGCGUGCUGCGCGGCACGGCGAGGCCCGCCGUGGGGGCACGGAUCAACCUGCUGUCGUUCUACCUGGUGGGCACGCCGGUGGCGGUCCUGCUGGCGUUCGGGCCCGGGUCGAGGGCCGGGUUCGGGGGGCUGUGGUACGGGCUCCUGUCGGCGCAGGCGGCGUGCGUGGCGCUGGUGCUCGUCGCCGUCGUGUGGCGCACCGACUGGCGCGUCGAGGCGAUGCGCGCCAGGAGGCUGACCGGCACCGGCACAGGUGGUGGCGCGGAGAUGAUCGCGACGGCCACCGAGCCGGUGGAGGAGGAGACGAAGCGCCUCGUGGCCGGCAACGGCAGGGAGGUCGACGUCGCCGACGUGUAGCCGUGGCCGACCGGUCUGCCUUUCGCCGCACCACUCAGCGGCUGCAUGCGCGCGGCCAGCCGUCACCGGGCGCUUCGAUCGGUCGAUCUCUUUUGGUGGCUUUUCUUCCCUGGCAUAGCUACCGAUCUCUCUGCGUGCCAAGCUAAAGCUAGGCCAAUGAACUAGCCGCCCCAUUCAUAUGGCACGGCAACCCUAAAUUACCAGUAGCAUAUUUGUAGCGCCUAGCUUUAGUUAUUGUG